AUGUCGACUGUUCCUCCACAUUAUUCGGAUCGUUUUGUAAACAAGCGUUUCCACAAGGCGUUAUACAUUGUACAGCACCUCUCGCCAUCAUCGAGCUUCCAACCGACCAAGGAUCAAAAGUUAGAGCUUUAUGCGUUGUAUAAGCAGGCAGUCAGUGGCAAUGUGAACACCCAACGACCUGGUAUCUUCGACGUUGUAGGGAGAGCAAAAUGGGACGCCUGGAACAAGCUGCAUGGGAUAACCUCGUUGGAAGCGAAGCAUCGCUAUGUGGAAGCCUUGUUACGAGUUGCAGUGGAGGCAUUUAAGAAACCUGCUAGCAAGGUUCAGGCACAUCAGAUCAUACAAGCAUUUACAACUAUGCAACCUUCAGCUGACAAUGAAACCGAGGAUGAAACAAGCAAUGAUGAAUCAAGCGUUGCUUCAACCGAUGCUGAGGAACGAGAUUAUUUAUUGGAAAUACAACGUGAUAAUCACAAAGCACCGACAUCAUACACGCAAAACAGAUCAACCCCUACUACUCAGUUACCAGUGUCACCUGCAUUAUCGAGAUCCUAUCGCCUUAGGCAACCACCACCACAACAACGUCGACCACCAUCAGUAGCCUCAACACAAUCCGGCCAAGUAUCAGUAAGGACAGCGCCGACAACUAGACGACCUUCUACAUCAUCUUCAACCUCCAAGGUUCAUAUGGAUGCUGCUCGAGUGGGAAGACCUAUGAUAAAUGAGGAACCAUUUGAUCCACAUGUCAAUCCAUGGGCACCACCUCUUCAACGAUACAAGAUUGACGAUGGACAAAGUAUGGAUGAAGAUAAUGGACGUCUCAUGCAAUUGCCAUCACCGGUCAUUUCAGCCAAUUCUAUGCAUCAUCAACAACAACAACAUUCAAUCUCUCUGAGGUCACCACAUCAUGGAUCGAGUGCAGCAUCUUCAAUGACAGCAACACCAACAGCGACACGUUUACCCAUUGACACCUCUAAUAAUCAACUCUUGACGGAUCAACAAUAUACAUCGGUGGUUGCUUUGGGACCUGCUACCAAAAGGGCAUUGGAUACGCUGCAGGCUGAGAUUGUUGCCCUGAAUGAAAGGAUCGAUGGGUUGCGACAAGAGCUGACAGAACGAAAUCAAGCACGAAGAUUACCCAACAACAAGGGUAAUGCAGCUGAUGACGGUGAUGAUGAUGAUGAUGCAAACAGCGAAGUAUGGGAAGGAUGGAAAUGGGUGGCUAAGGCUGCACUAAGGCAUGCGCUGGUGAAUAUGGCAAUGGCGUUUAUUCUUUUUGUGAUGCUCUAUCAACGAGGAAGUCCAGUCGCGUAUAUCAUUAUUGGGCAAAUGAACAAGUUUUGGAGAGCAGCUAGAGUACGAUUGCUUAUCAGUAAAAUCCUAGUAUGA